GAUUGUAACCUUCCUAUUCCUUGACCCACCCCUUUUUUUUUAAGUAUAAGAAACUGAAGCAAACUUGGAUUUUUCAUACACACUUAAGAUAUCUUCAAUAUCACAAAUCCUUUUUGUACAGCAUCCAGAGUAAUGUCCAUAACGUCAGUAGCGAACAAGUUUGAAUGUCAGCCAUUGGACAGCAUGACCUUUGUUCGAGAGCCUGUUCAUACCCAAACAAAGUGGAAGAACUCAUUAGUCUACAUAGUGGGUGCUGUGAUGGUUGGAUUGUGUUUGGCGGCAAUGUUUUUUUUCUGUUUCCAUUUCAACCACAGGGCUAAAGAUGAAUGCUAUGCCCAUGCAGAGAUUGGAAGCAUGGAUGAAAGAUGGAAAUGGAAUAUGGAAAACUGCAGUACUUUGUAUAAUAUAGGAAACGGUACACAAGUGAAGGUCAAGCAGAGAGGCCUUUAUAUGAUACAAGUGCAAAUAACCUGCGGAGUCGGACUCCCAGAAGAGUCUAAAGAUAAUGGAAACAAUUACAUCGAACUUAAGGUAUCACCCAACAGAGAAAGAGAUAUAGUAAAGAACCUAUAUCUUCCACAUGUUACAAAUGAAACACAACAGUCAUCUUACUCAUUGGAGACUAUUUACCUUUUAAGUAAAGGGGACGUUAUGGAGUUGAAUCUAAACAUCAAUCGGCCUCUGAUUUUUAAUAGGAAAGAAAGCACUUUUUGGAGAAUUCAUAAAAUAGACAUAUAAGCUUGUUAUAUGUUUGUAAGCUUUGAUUGUCAAAUG